CGCACGUGCCGGGGGCGGGAGCGGCGAGCAGCGCGAUCGCAGAGAUGGCGUCGUUACUUUGGGCAGGCGACGCCGGGGCGGCGGACAGCGAGCGGCUGAACUGCCACUUUUCAAACCUCAUCCACCCCCGGAAGAACCUUCCGGGCCUUAAGAGCACGACGAUCCCAAGCGUUGAGGAUUCCGUUAAUAAUGUCGAAGAGGAGGAAGAUGAUGAUGUAGUGGACUUGGCAGCUAAUUCACUCUUGAACAAGUUAAUCCGGCAGUCCCUAGUAGAAUCCAGUCACCGAGUCGAAGUCUUACAAAAGGAUCCCAGCUCCCCACUCUACUCAGUGAAAACAUUUGAAGAGCUUCGACUAAAGGAAGAGUUGCUAAAAGGGAUCUAUGCAAUGGGAUUUAACAGACCGUCCAAAAUCCAAGAGAUGGCACUGCCUAUGAUGCUAGCACAUCCCCCCCAGAACCUCAUAGCCCAGAGCCAGUCUGGAACAGGAAAAACAGCUGCAUUUGUCCUGGCCAUGUUAAGCAGAGUUAAUGCCUUGGAAUUGUUCCCACAGUGCCUCUGCCUGGCUCCUACUUACGAAUUGGCUCUGCAAACUGGCCGUGUGGUUGAGCAGAUGGGAAAGUUCUGUGUGGACGUUCAAGUGAUGUAUGCCAUUCGAGGAAACCGAAUUCUCAGAGGCACUGACAUCACCAAACAGAUCAUAAUAGGCACUCCUGGUACAGUUCUAGAUUGGUGUUUCAAGCGAAAAUUAAUUGACUUGACUAAGAUUCGUGUGUUUGUCCUGGAUGAAGCAGAUGUGAUGAUUGACACGCAAGGUUUCUCCGAUCAAAGCAUUCGAAUUCAAAGGGCCCUGCCCUCUGCAUGCCAGAUGCUUCUCUUCUCUGCAACCUUCGAGGACUCAGUGUGGCAGUUUGCAGAGCGCAUCAUUCCUGACCCCAACGUUAUUAAGUUGAGAAAAGAGGAAUUGACGCUGAACAAUAUCCGACAGUAUUACGUGCUGUGUGAGAACAGGAAAGACAAGUACCAGGCUCUGUGCAACAUCUACGGCGGCAUCACCAUUGGUCAGGCCAUCAUCUUCUGCCAGACACGUCGGAAUGCCAAGUGGCUGACCGUGGAGAUGAUGCAGGAUGGCCACCAAGUGUCCUUGUUAAGCGGAGAGCUGACGGUGGAUCAGCGAGCAUCCAUCAUCCAGCGAUUUCGGGAUGGGAAAGAAAAAGUUCUUAUAACGACCAAUGUCUGCGCUCGAGGGAUUGACGUGAAGCAGGUCACGAUCGUUGUGAACUUCGAUCUCCCUGUAAACCAAUCAAAAGGGCCGGACUACGAGACGUACCUUCACCGCAUUGGGCGGACUGGACGCUUUGGGAAAAAAGGCCUGGCCUUCAACAUGAUUGAAGUGGACAAGCUGCCUCUGCUGAUGAAGAUCCAGGAUCACUUCAACAGCAACAUCAAGCAGCUUGACCCUGAAGACAUGGAUGAGAUUGAAAAGAUUGAAUAUUGAAGAAAGAACUUUAUUGUUUGUGAAAUAUCCUGGUUUAUGUGAGACAGUCCCAAUGGGUUUUGAAGGUAAUUUUUUAUGUUGAGCCUUUUUUCAGUGUGAAACUGUUACAGAUGGCAGAAUAAAUGUCGUGGUAUCCUUUGUUUUAAGACCUGAGGUCUUUUUGAAACCAAAUUGCUGUGUAAAGCACAUGAUCCCUUUGAAUAAAAAAGCAAAAUCA